GAAUUUCUAUGUGAAGAGAUUCAACACCAACUUGAGACUCUUGAUGUUAGCAAGUCGGCCUCAGAUAGAUAUAUAACGGCAUUGUCCAUUAGCGCGCAUGCGUAGACUGUUGUUGUCAUGGUUUUUAGCAGGUAAACAAACGUUUGAAGUGGCCCUAGUGCCUUGUGCGCUCGUCGUGUGUAUACGACUCCUGAAGGCAAGGACAUCAAUUAUAUAUCCGAGUGGUAACAUGGCGCGGAUGACUGUGGAGAUGGUGGGUCGCUGCACGGGCCAUACGCGGAGAAAGAGAGGAGAGAGCACAGAGAGCCUCCUGCAGAGAGUCACUCACCUCUACUGCUCCGAACGGGGCAUAAGCAGGAUUGAAGGACUAGGAAGCUGCCACUCCCUCUCAGUCCUCUACCUCUACAGCAAUGCCAUCAGUCGUAUCCACGGCCUGACAUCAUGCUCCAACCUCACCCACCUCUAUCUCCAGAACAAUCACAUCUCUCGUCUUGAAGGCCUUAACACACUACAUAGACUUAGCAAACUGUAUCUGAAUGACAAUGCCAUAUCGGUGGUGGAGGGACUGGAGGAGUGUGCGCAGCUGACAGAGCUCCACAUUGCCAACCAGAGGCUGCCCGAGGGGGAGAAACUGCUCUUUGACCAGCGAUCCCUUCAGGCCACGGCUGCAUCACUGGCUCUACUAAAUGUUUCCGGUAAUAAUCUCGACAGUCUUCAUGAUCUUUCACCACUCAAGAAGAUGGUGACAAUCGUUGCCUCAGACAAUGCCCUCUCCAGCAUGAAGGACCUGGCAUCAACAUUCAGUCACUGGGGAGGGAUUGAGAGGGUGGAGCUCUCCAGAAACCCACUCUGCUCCAAACACAAGUACAGAGACAGAGUCAUCACCAUGGCCGCUGGGAUCUGUAUGUUGGACGGUCGUGAAGUCAGUGACACAGAGAGACUGUUUCUUGCCAGCUGGAAAGCCACAAGAAAAGCUCGCAGAAAAGCUCUUCACCAGCACAAAGUCCAGCAAGGGCUGCAAUCUUCAGCUCACUAUGUUCUAAGUUCAGAUCCCCCGCCACCAAUGACCAUGCCAGCCCUCCCAGCCAGAUCUCCACUCAGACAGUGGAGGAAGAUUCAUCAACAGAUGAGGGGAGGAGCAGGACAGCACAUCUCAUUGCCUACCAUCGUCCACCUCCAGCAACCGUCAGCUUUUGCAGAGUGUUCACCCCACCACCUCCAGCAAGUCCCAGUUGUAGCACACAGUCUCCAGGACGCCCGCCACACAGACACCAAUGACAUUGGACAUGGCAGCUUACCGGUCUUGCCAAAGAUAUUGCAGUCCAUUACCUGAGAGCAUUAUGCUGAAUGACAUCCAUUGUGUUGUAUGUAAACUAUUCUAUAAGCCCCUCAGCAAAAGAAGCAUGUGCGGGUGCUGAGCGUUGAUGCAUACGUAUGUGCAUAUAAUAUAGCUCAUGAUCAAAAUAGUGCGGUUGGACACUUUAGGGGCGAGAAAUAAACAUCAACAAUCC